AUGAGUAAGCGAAUGGAUUGUUAUCUUCUCUACACGGUGCUUCUCCUUCUUCUUCUCGGAGCAGCUUCUCUCUCUAACGCAAGACCACGCGCUAAUCGCCCUCCCAACUUCAUGCGAUUCGUAACAAACGCAACCGACUUCGCAUCAGAGGAUUACUACGACUACAUAAUCGUCGGCGGAGGAACCGCGGGAUGUCCACUCGCCGCCACGCUCUCCCAAUCCUUCCGCGUCCUCCUCCUCGAACGCGGCGGCGUUCCUUACAACAGACCUAACGUGAUGUCACACGACGGUUUCUUGACGACUCUAACGGAAGUCAACAGCUUCGACUCCCCGGCUCAGUCCUUCGUCUCCGAGGAAGGUGUUCCCAACGCAAGAGGCCGUGUUCUUGGUGGAAGCAGUGCGAUCAACGCUGGGUUCUAUAGCAGAGCUGAUAAACAGUUUUUCGAUAACUCAGGUCUUGAUUGGGAUUUAACGACUGUGAAUCAGUCUUAUGAGUGGGUGGAGAGAGCUAUUGUCUUUAGACCUCAGCUGAGGACGUGGCAAUCUGCGAUUAGAGACGCGUUGCUUGAGAUUGGUGUGCAUCCGUUUAAUGGCUUCACGUUGGAGCAUAAAGUUGGGACUAAGAUUGGUGGCUCGACGUUUGAUCGUACUGGGAGGAGGCACAUCUCUGCGGAUCUUCUUAGGUUUGCAAGAAACUCCAACAUUAGAGUUGCGGUUUACGCUACUGUGGAGAGAGUGUUGCUAGCUUCUGCUCCGAGUGAUUCUGGCUCUAAAGUCUCCGCUAUUGGAGUUGUGUACUGUGAUCAGAUGGGACGUUACCAUCACGCGAUGAUACGGGACAGAGGAGAGGUGAUACUGUCUGCUGGCUCGCUUGGGACUCCGCAGCUGAUGCUUCUUAGUGGGAUUGGUCCGAGGAGUUAUCUUUCGACUUGGGGGAUUCCUGUGGCUCUUGACUUGCCUAAUGUUGGAGACUUUGUGUAUGAUAACCCGAGGAAUGGUAUAUCCAUUGUUCCUCCCGUUCCAAUGGAGAACUCGUUGAUACAAGUAGUGGGUAUUACUGAGGAAGGUGCUUUUCUUGAGGCUGCGUCCACUGUUAUCCCUUUUGCCUCGCCUCUACGUUCUGUUUUCAUUAGAGCACCAGCUUCUCCUUUGUACGUCCCUGUGACAACUAUAAUGGAGAAGAUUCUUGGUCCAGUCUCUGUUGGUUCGCUGAGGUUGGCUUCAACGGAUGUGAGGAUAAACCCAGUUGUGAGGUUUAACUACUUUAGUGACCCACAGGAUCUGGAGAGGUGUGUUAAUGGGACUAGGAAGAUUGGUGAAAUACUCAGGAGCAGAGCUAUGCAGGAUUUUAUGUUCAGGGAAUGGUUUGGGAGCCGAAGGUUCAGGUUCGUUGGGGUGCCAUUACCUUUAGACCAAUCAAAUGAUCUGGUGAUGGCAGAUUUUUGUAGACGAACUGUGAGCACAAUCUGGCAUUACCAUGGUGGUUGCGUUGUGGGGAAAGUAGUGAACUCUGAUCUCAAAGUCAAUGGUGUUGAUUCUCUUAGGAUCGUGGAUGGAUCAACCUUCAGUAUCUCUCCAGGGACUAAUCCACAAGCUACCUUGAUGAUGCUUGGAAGGUACAUGGGGCUGCAGAUGCUGAGAGAGAGAAUGAGAUACAAGUGA